UCGGAAGAUGGCUGCUGAGAGGCGCCCAGUGCAGCGGCGGCAGCAGCAGCGUUGCUUUGCUGGGCUGCAGGGUGCGUGGCUGUGUCCCGGGGGGCAGGCCCCCGCCCCGGCCGGAGCGCGCUGAGCCCCCGGGGCCGCCUCGGCCCCCGGCUGCAGCCCCAGCCAUGAGCGGCGCGGGGGACGCGGCGAAGGAGAAAUUGCUCUGGAACGUCAAGAAGGAGGUAAAACAGAUAAUGGAAGAAGCCGUCACCAGGAAAUUUGUGCAUGAAGACAGCAGUCACAUCAUCGCCUUAUGUGCUGUGGUGGAGGUGUGCCUCCUGCACAUGCUGAAACGCAGAGCCGCCGGCUUCCUCCGGACCGAUAAGGUCGCUGCCCUUUUCACCAAAGUUGGCAAGACGUACGCGGUAGCUGGGGACAUAUGCAAGAAAGCGCAGGAGCUGCAGCAGCAGGCGGAAGGCAGGAAAAAUCAGCCGAAUGGCCAGGGAUCCCUCAAGAGGCAGGGCUCUACCUCAAGCAAAACGCCUGUCCUGACGCCGCAGGCCAUCAGACACAUCUGGGUGCGGACAGCCUUGAUUGAGAAAGUGCUGGACAAAAUCGUCCAGUACCUGGUGGACAACUGCAGCAAAUAUUAUGAGAGAGACGCUUUAUUGGCAGAUCCUGUUUAUGGAUCAAUCCUAGCUUCUCUCCUUGUUGGGCCGUGUGCACUAGAAUAUACCAAGCUGAAAACAGCCGACCACUACUGGACAGACCCGUCAGCAGACGAGCUGGUUCAGAGACACCGGAUCCAUGGAGUUCACGGGCGCCAGGACUCGCCCUCAAAACGCCCAGCGCUGGGAAUCCGGAAACGGCACUCGAGCGGGAGCAUGUCAGAAGACCGAUUUGCAGCUUCGGCUAGAGAAUACGUGGAGUCUUUGCACCAGAAUUCAAGGACGCACCUGCUGUAUGGGAAAAAUAAUGUCCUGGUCCAGCCAAAAGACGACAUGGAGGCAAUUCUUGGCUAUCUCUCCCUUCAUCAGUCAGCAGACAGCUUGACUUUGAAAUGGACUCCCAAUCAGCUCAUGAAUGGAACCCUGAGGGACUCGGAGCUUGAGAAAAGUGUGUACUGGGAUUACGCCUUAAUAGUGCCGUUCAGUCAGAUUGUCUGCAUUCACUGCCAUCAGCAACCGGAAAGCGGAGGGACGUUAGUCUUGGUGAGUCAGGAUGGGAUCCAGAGACCUCCACUCCAUUUCCCACAGGGAAGUCAUCUCCUUGCUUUCCUUUCCUGCCUGGAAAACGGCCUUCUGCCUCGAGGACAAUUAGACCCGCCACUUUGGUCGCAGCAGGGCAAGGGUAAAGUAUUUCCAAAGCUCCGGAAACGAAACAGUAACAAGUCAGUGGAGCUGGAGGAAAUGCCACAUGAGGAGUCUGCUACGGACUAUGUCUUCAGGAUUAUCUAUCCGGGACACAGGCACGAUAACAUAACUAUUAACUACCACCACUUAGCUGCCAGCCGCUCUGCCUCAGUCGAUGACGACGAGGAGGAGGAAGACCGGCUCCACGCAAUGCUCUCAAUGAUCUGCUCUCGGAACCUCACAGCUCCUAAUAGGAUGAAAGACUCCGGCGACAUGAUAGAGAUGCAAGGAUUCGGUGCGAGCUUGUUGUCAUGGCAGCUGGAGCACUGCAGCCAAGGGUCUUCGUGCCUGUCCUGUUCAUCAGGCAGCUCUCCCUAUGACAUCCCCAGCUGCUGCAACUGCAUUCAUGACAGAACCCCAUUAAAGAUGCUGUGUGAAAGCAUGAAGAGGCAGAUUGUUUCCAGAGCGUUUUAUGGAUGGCUUGCCUACUGCCGCCAUUUGUCUACGGUGAGAACGCAUCUAUCUGCCCUCGUGAACCACUCCAUUAUCCCGCCCGACAAGCCUUCCAGCGCUGCCGGAGGCCUGACCAAAGAGGUCUGGAGUAAAUAUCAAAAGGACAAAAAGAAUUACAAGGAAUUAGAAUUACUCAAACGAGUUUACUAUGGUGGCGUGCAGCAUGAGAUUCGAAAGGAAGUGUGGCCCUUCUUACUAGGUCACUACAAAUUUGGCAUGACCAAAAAGGAAAUGGAUCGGGUGGAUGAAGAUAUUGCUCUCAAGUAUCAGAAGGUCAUGGCCGAGUGGAAAGCCUGUGAGGUCAUCGUGAAGCAGCGGGAGAAAGAGUCGCACUCUGCCAUCUUUGCUAAGUUUUCGUCAGGCAGCAGCAUUGACAGCCACGUUCAGCGAUUGAUCCACAGGGAUUCCACCAUCAGCAACGACGUCUUCAUAUCUGUAGAUGAAAUGGACUCAACAGAGCGAGAUUUAAAAGGUCCGGUUGACCCCUCUUUGACUGCGGUGAACGUCGACACUCCGGUCGCCGCGGCUGCAGCAGAACAGCAGUCAGUAGAAUUUGAUUCUCCCGACUCCGGGCUACCUUCUUCUCGGAAUUACUCGGUCGCUUCGGGCAUCCUGUCCAGCAUCGACGACGGGCAGAGUGUCUGCUUUGAGGACGGGGCGGAGGAAGAAGUUAGCGCGGACUUAGAAAGACCAGAUCUGGACCUGGCCCAGGCUCAGAAAGCCAAGGCGGUCCCCUCAGAACCUCAGGAUUCUGUAAUGGAGGAACAACUGUGCUCCCAGUUGGAUUAUUUAACGUCUGGAGAGGACAUUGGUUCUGUUUGUGGAGCUGCCUAUACAAUAGAAUUACUGGACACUGUUGCCUUAAAUCUGCAUAGAAUCGACAAAGAUGUCCAGAGAUGCGACCGGAAUUACUGGUAUUUUACUGCUGCUAACCUGGAGAAACUCAGAAACAUCAUGUGCAGUUAUGUUUGGGAGCACCUGGAGGUCGGAUACGUCCAGGGCAUGUGUGACCUACUGGCUCCUCUCAUGGUUAUACUUGAUAAUGAUCAACUGGCAUACAGCUGUUUCAGCCACCUCAUGAAGAGAAUGAGCCAGAAUUUCCCCAACGGAGGUGCUAUGGACACACAUUUUGCCAACAUGCGAUCGCUAAUUCAGAUUCUAGACUGUGAGCUCUUUGAAUUGAUGCACCAAAACGGAGACUACACCCACUUUUACUUUUGCUAUCGCUGGUUCCUGCUUGAUUUUAAAAGAGAAUUGUUGUACGAGGAUGUAUUUACAGUGUGGGAAGUUAUUUGGGCAGCAAAGCACAUCUCUUCAGAACAUUUUGUCCUUUUCAUUGCCUUAGCACUAGUGGAGGUCUAUCGCGAGAUUAUCCGUGAUAACAACAUGGACUUCACCGAUAUCAUCAAGUUUUUUAAUGAAAUGGCGGAGCAUCACAAUGCCCAGGAAAUCCUGAUGAUCGCAAGGGGCCUCGUCUACAAAGUGCAAACACUGAUUGAAAACAAGUGACCGCAGACUGAAAGGGAAACGGGCUUAGUACUGACUGUGGGACGAAGCAUUUCUUGCACUGUAACUUCAGAUGAUGUUUUAAUUGCAUCUUCCAUGUAAUGUAGUAAAUAGUCCAGAGAUUUGUAAUAGACUUUUAAAACAAACGAAAUUUUCCACCACCAGAUGAUGAGGUUUGUGUUUGAUAGUCCUUGUUAUGCUCACUUGGUAUUGUGAGGCAAAACUUUUUUUUUUUUUUUUUUUUUUUGGCAUUCUACCCUUUCCUAGUCUCUAGAUAUCGUCCAGCUCCAUGUCUGAGAUACAGAAGGAAUUUUGGUUUUUGGAGUCCUAUAUUGACCUAUCAGACCCUUAACACACUAGGAAUAUUUUGUGCUUGACCAAAACUUCCUGGCAUGCAGACUUAAGGCCCCCAAUUCAACACCCAGUGAAGUCUGUGAGCUCUGGGUCGGGAUCUUAGAAAAGCAAAUGGUGUGGAGCUCACCUAGGAUAUGUGAAAGGCUGCCCCAGCUCCCAAGAGUGUUCUUGGCCGUAUGAGGACUGUCCAUCCCAUUAUCUAGAACCAUUUGUAAUCAGGUUAGAAAUCAUGCCGUUGAAGAGAAUAAAAACACCCUGUCUCCGAGAACCAGAGAAGCCAAGCCAGUUUACUCAGAAAAAUCCUGGUCAAAUAUCUUCACUAGGCCAAAACAUGACGGGUGUGAAUCCACAGUGACUCCUGGCAGUAUAUCCUUAGCUGCAGCAUAUCUACAGGGACAUGCGAGUCAGGUACGCUUAGGCCAACCAUCUGUUUCAGCUGGUACUAGAAGAGGAUUAAAAUCGGAGGGGGCAACUUGUAAAUUGCUGCCUCCAGAGAUACAAGAUGCUACAUCAUCCUGUCCAGACUGUUUGCUAACAUUUCAGUGAAAUUGGUCUGAGAAGACAUUAAGAACAAUUUUCAGUGCCCACGGCCCUACUUCAGCAAAGCACCAUAGCAUGUGAUUAAAUCCACCCCAAGGCGCUGACCACUACACAUUUGCUUAGUGUGGUGCUGAAUCUGGGCCAGAAAGAUUAUAGUCUCUUGAAGGGUAGGAGCUGGCUUUUUGUUCUGUUUGGAGAGUGCCUAGCACAAUAGGGUUCUGGGCUGGGGCCCCAAGGUGCUACCACCAUUUAAAUAAUUGUAAUAAAAAAAGGAUCCAGCUACCAGGGAUACAUUUCUGCUACCCUGUCCCACACUAAGUAGUCAGUACCUUACUCUGCAAGUAUUCCAAGGUGGCAGAAUCUGGCCCUAUAUAGUUUACACUUCCAGGUUAGAAAUCUGGCUUAGUGCAUAGGCAAUUAAGCUCCUGCUCCUGUGGUUGGAUCUCCCACUCCUGCACCUAUGUGGAGUGAGGCAAGCGCAGGGGGAUUUGCAACAGGAAAAUGGAGGGCAGGAGUGGGGCUUUAACGUACUGUAGAACCUCACGAAUACAUGUGCCCUGCAGUUUGCACACCUGACUUCUCAGAGAGCUUUAGAACCUAUCUUAUUAGAACUUCAUGACUUCUGAAAAAUAAAAUCCAGGCGGUCACUAAUUCCCAUGGAGGUGUCAGCAUUUGCCGGAUUAACAAAGUGUAUUUUAUUGGGCUAUCCUUUAUUUUAUUGCAUUUGCUGUCUCUGGAAUGUUUCCAUGUAAACAUGCAAUAGUUCUCUCUGUCAUUCGCUUGUAUUCCUGAGGUCCUACAGCCUUCAUUUCCGGCUGUAAAGUUUAUAGUGAUGGCACAAUACUUACACCUUCUCCGCUGGGGUAAGGAGUUGUGACAAUUUGCACCAGCCGAGGAGCUGUCCUCGGGCUUUCGUCUGGCAAAAGUGUAGUGUCAGUGUGUUUAUAUCUCCACAGUGUCACCACAAAGACUAUAGUACAUGCCUAGAUCCAAGACAUACUGUGAGAGUCUUCAAACUGAUCAGUUAGAUUGAAAGUUUAAUGAUACAGCAGGAAGAGAAUUAUCACUGUGCCAGCAUGAGAGAAGAUCUGAUCCUAAUGAACGUCUAAUGAAGUUACCCGUUGAUUUCACUAGAACAGGCACGUGGGCACUUUUUAAAAAAAAUCCAGAAGCACAAGUCCCACUGACUUGCAAUGGGACUUGUGCUCCUAAAUCAUUUACGCACUUUUGAAAAUUCCAUCCUUUGCCAAUGUGCCUCAAUAUUAAAGAUGGUCAAAUCUCUUCCAAGAGAGCUAUUAAAAUUAAAUUUAGCCCUGGAUCCAAACACCCUUAAGUUGAGAUCAUCUUGAGUUGCUCUCAUUGGAGAUCAUCUUGAGAUGCUCUCAUUGGAGAUCAUCUUGAGAGUCCUUUUGAAAAUUCUACUCUCAAAAGGUAAGACUGCAGGCGUGACUUUGCGCCCAUUGGAGUCAUUGGUGAAACUCCCCCUUGGACUUAGUGAAAGCAGAGUUAGGCCAACCCUAAGGACUUCUGGAAAGCUCACCCAUCACAUAUUGGUCUAUCUUAGAUGAUCUUUAACGGAUUUCUUUUAGGAAGGGAAUAAAUCAGUGUUGUAUGUUUGAAAAUACAAAAGAAAAACUCUACCCAAAUUUCAGCAGUAGAACUAACAGGACCAGAGUUAGAAAAAUACUAAACAUUCAAGUGUUGUUUUUACUGGCUAGUAUUAGAACCGUGACUGUUUACCCAUUGUUUCACUUGCAUCUUUUACACAGUAUAAGUUGUUUGUGAAACCGAUGCAUUUCUGAAACAGAUUAUGAUCCACAAGUGGCCCACUGUGAAAUUUGAGGCACAUUAUCCUCAGUUACAGUCUGUGCAAAGAUACAGAUUGAAUUAUGCCAAAGAAUCAGUACAGGACACUCAUUCCUCUUUGUUAUAUUUUUACAAAUCAAGAAAAAUAAGUUUCAGAUGUAUAAAGACACAACAAACUUUUGUAUCCUUAAUAUUAUGAGACUAUACAGUAUCUCCACCUUGUUAUAAAAUAAAAUGGGUAGAGGCCCUUAUUCUCAGAUUUUUUUUGAAAAAAAUAGUAAAAGAUGUUUAAAUAUAGAGUUGAAGAUGUAUAAAUCUGUAAUGUGCCCAUACCUCGUGACGUUAGGGGGAAGUCACUUUUAAAUUUGAUCCCCUUUCUGUAGACCUUUGACUUUGGUGAAUGAGGAUUUGUCAUUCAUGCCUUACUUGAUCAAGCUGCCCAGAAAAUGGUGUGUUCAAAACUUCCUUGUUCGGUCAAAAAAAACCCACCCCCCACUCUCACCCCCACCCCCACAGAAUAUUGUUGCAACAACAUCCUGGCUACACUAGUCUGUCUGUCCAUCUGAUCUGUGCCAUUUGUAUAGUUUCUUGGUCCUUUAAGAGGACUGUCCGUCAUUUCAGAUACACCCAAAUAUCAUGCAGUCAGUUACCACUAUCAACUUUCAUGGGACCUGAACUAAGGAGAGAAAUGAGACAUUUUAAGGUGACCUGUUCCUUUGUGAUUUCACAAAAUAGGGCAGAGGAAAUCUCGGUGUAUUUUGAAAUGCCUCUCAGUCUUCAUUCAUUCCAGGAAUGAACUGCUCCCUACCCUCCCUUCUAGCUGAUACAUAAAGAUCCCCCCUCUCCUUGCUUCUUUUCCAUGGGAAAAGCUGCUGAUUGCAGGAUGGUGCCGUCUUACAUCUGAACCAUCCUGACUUUCCCCAGGGCUUCAUUCUCUCUGCAGAAUGAUGCAUCAGCUGUUCAGCAAGAAUCCAUUCUGCACUGGUGGAGAAGUACAUACAGAAGUAUGUCAGCAAACAGCACAUGGGCAAGAACGCCCGCUACUGGUCCUUUGAAAUUGAGGACUAGAGCGUCUUCCCAAAAUGCAGUUCAUUAGCGUUGAAGGGAGGUGCACCCCAGGCACUGCAGAGAUGAUGGGCGAAGUGACGGGUAUUUAAAGCGCUCCUGCUAGCCAGUAGCACUGCUUAGUCAGUUCUUUGAGCUGGGUUUUACUGAAUUCAUAGAACAGGGAAUGAGGAAAAGACAGUGGUUUAAAUAAAGAAACCAAACCAAAACGAUUUAAAUUAAAUGUUGGCAAAGUGGUAAACCGUUCCUUUCUAAGGUGAGUCGUGCUAACUUCCCUUGAGUAGUCUCGCUGAUUUUAGUGGGAUUAUCCAGAUGAGUAAAAGCAGCCGGAUUUGGCCCUAAAAGAUGUUAAGACUAUGCAAUGUGUCGCUGUAUCGGUGGUUAUUGGAGCAAUGAGUUAAAAAGGCCCAAAAGUCUCUCUUAAAACAGUAGGCUGCCUUGGGAAGAUACCAGUGGAUCUAUGAAAGAAAAAUAAAUUGAGUGCAACCAACUUAAUGAUUGUUUCUUUGAAUUCCUGGGAUGCAUCGUAGCAUCGCUCUCAGAUCUUUGCCUACUUUUCCAAGCUAGCAGGUUUCAUCCAGGAGCAGUUCGUUAGAUCUAGCUAGCCAUUUGUUCUGAGCUGGUAGCCGAACACCUUAAAAGCUGCACCUUGCAUUUUCAGGACAAAGAAGGGUCAAAAUUUGCAUACGAGUCAGGUGUAUGCAAAAGGACCAAAGUUAGAUGGGUGGUGGGAGACUGUUAAAGGGGAAGGAGCCCUUUUGAAACCUAGAACUCAAUGCCAAAAUAAAAGGCAUUUGGAGGGGGAGGAGAACAGUUACCAUCCAAUAAUUUGGGAACGCUCAAGAUUAAAUUAACAACAAAAACAUUCUGUUGCUGGCGUGUUAAGCCACCUAAAACCACUAUUAUUUAUAGCUUGGUGUCAAAUUGUAUUAUAGACCAAUGCAUGGUUGCCGGAGGGGCUUCCCAAAUGCUUUGCAGUUUGUGUAUCUGUUUGUUCUUUUGAAAGGUGAAAACAAAUUCCAUUCAAAAUCCCGCCAGGAGAAAAAAAUCUCUCCAAGAAACCCAGCCUGAAGAAUUUUUGUUAAAAAAAAAAAAAAUCUGCACUAUUUUUUGUUUGGAAUGUACUAUACAACUCUUUACUACGUAAAAAAAAAAAAAUCUCUGCAAACGUCGUAUCUGUUCUGCAUAAUUGUAUUUUAUGACUAUUGUGCAUUGCCUUAUUUAUUUUUUGUCAGGAGCAGAAUAUUUUUCCUUUAUUGCUCAAAAUUAUUUAUCUUUAAAUGUAACAUAUGAAUAAAUACAUAUUGUCAAGGC